UGGUUACAGGAGCUGGUCGCGGCUGGAUGACGUCAUCGCGCCGAUGUUGUGAUGUCCGGGAUUGACUGGUGCUAAUCAUGGGGACGAGCAAUGAUUCGGAUGUGAAGGGCCAGAGCGGCGGAGAGGAGGAUGGGGACCCCGGUGACCGGACAUCCCCGAGCCCGUGGAAUAUCAUGAUUAAGCAUCGACAAGUGCAACGUAGGGGGCGCCGUGCUCAUGUUGCAGUCAGUUACACCGAGCCAGCCGUCUCCAUGGACCUGCUGCGGGCUGUUCUACAGCCGAGCAUCAAUGAGGAAAUUCAAGGCGUUUUUGAUAAAUAUAUGAAGUUCUUUCAGAAAGCUGCUAUUAAUGUGAGAGAGAAUGUGGGGGAUCAAGUGGACCCCGAGCAACUGAUCCGAGAGACUUGUCGCAGCUGCCUGGAGCAGGCAAAGGUCCUCUUUACAGACCGAGACAAAGCAGUAAUGAAGCCGAUGUUAGAGGGCCCCGCCAUGAAGAGAACAAGAAUAGCAGAAGAUGAGUCAUCCCUGCGGAGGAGUCCAGUGCCCAAAAAGAGAAAGGGGCGCCCCCCGGGACAAAGCUCAUUGAAUGACCGGCAUUCCUCAGGACUUACAUCUCUAAAACCCAAGACUGGCGAUCCUAUCAGGCGUGAAGGGCCUAAGUGGGAUCCAGCCAGACUGAAUGAGACAACCAACUUUGUGCUUGGAUCACGAGCUAAUAAGGCUUUAGGAAUGGGAGGGACCAGGGGACGGAUUUAUCUCAAACACCCAGAGCUGUUUAAGUAUACAGUCGAUCCACAGGACAAGCAGUGGUUGACGGAGAAACAGUACAUGAGAGCCACAGGUGGUAAAAUGGUUUAUCUCCUUUUGGAAGAAGAUAUCCUUGAUUUGUCAGUUACAGAUGAGUACAGAGACUGCAAGGAGCUGUGGUUGGAUGAGCUGAAGCCAUUUACUGUACCUCCAUGGGUGAUUGAGAAGAUGAGAAAGUACAUGGACCAUAUGAGAACCGAGCAGGAGUAGCUGAGUCUCUUCCCCUGAUCUAUGGGUGCUUGGGAUGCAGCCUCGUCACAUGACAUGUCAACCGCAUAAUAAAACAUGGCUGACCAAUGAGGAACAAU